ACUUACAGGUUAAUGCACACUCCAUAGUCAUAAAAAUUAAUUUAGCUUUCUUGUUUCUUGAAACAUCUUCAGUUCUUCGCUUAGUGGUCCUUGGAAUCUUCCGUAACAAAGCCAACAAUUCUUAAAGACAAAUGAGAAAAGAUUUGAAAAGGCUUUGUGAACACUUUUCAACCACAAGGCAUUGAGUGAUAUUUGCUUGUUUCAAGGGGAAGUUAAUUGAAUGUUACUAUGUUUUAGAUAGUGACGAAAUUAGAAAUUUUUUCUAGAAAAAUGUUCUUAUCCUAUGUAUGCAACAUUAUUUUCUAUGUGCACAAUCUUUAUUUUAAAAGAAGGAUGCUGGUUCUAGAAGUGGCUCAUGCCUAGUGGUAGUAAUGAUUAUAUAUAAGUUAACUUGAAAAGCCAAAGAGGAAUGUCUUAUCUUUCCACUAUCACUUUCUUCACAUAACUAAAACUACCAAAAGGCAAAAACAGGAUUCAAGACACACCACAGUUACCUCUAGCAACUAUUCAAUAUGGCUUCUAGCAGCAUGAAAUAUCAGUUCAGAUUGGUGCUGUUCUUCAUGUUAUGUGUAUUUGGAAAUUCAGACACAGAGAAGGACAAACAAGAGUGUACACAAUCAUUGAUUGGUUUGGCAACAUGUUUGCCUUAUGUUGGAGGUAAUGCACCAGCUCCUACACCAGAUUGUUGCACUGGCUUGAAACAAGUGUUGAAAUCUAGCAAGAAGUGUCUUUGUUUGCUAAUUAAGGAUAGAAAUGAUCCUGAUUUGGGACUUCAACUCAAUGUUACACUUGCUUUAACCUUGCCCUCCGUUUGUAAAGCCCCAGCUAACAUUUCUGAAUGCCCUGCUCUUCUCCACUUGCCUGCAAAUUCACCAGAUGCUCAAGUAUUCUAUCAAAUAGCUAAUGGUUCAAGCAGCAUUGCCGGCAGUCCACUUGCUAAUAGUCCCAUUCCUUCUGUUGGAUAUAGUCCCACAGGUGGCCCUGCAGGUGUAGCAAGUGCUCCUAAAUCUGCAGGUUGUCAUAUUGGAAGGAGAUGGUUUGGAUUAGAUGCAAUUAUUGGAGUUGUCCUUAUUUGGUCUUUAACUUCAGAUUUCUUCAUAUGAAUCUAAGCUUAUUUGUAUCAUACUCUAAUAAUUAAGCUAUCAUUUUGUUAAAUGGAUGAUCCUUGUAUUCUUGCUUUA